AUGUUACUGUUGAAAAUAUUUUCGAUUGGUCGUCAUGAGAAACUGAAGAAGCGCAAGGAUUCGCUGGCUGGCUAUCCACCAGAGUUCCGUGCGAAACUGCAGAUAUGGCCGAAACUACUUCAGGCUGAGAUUGAUGAAAGCGUGUCUCAGCUGAAACAGUUGCAAGAGGUCAAUGAGCUUUCGGAACUGGAAGAAAGAGGACUACUGAUUGCUAGUCUGAGACUCUGCUCUGAUGAACUCCAUCCGAUAACAGGGCGAACAGUUAUUUUGAAGAGAGUUUUUGUUGCUCAUGAAUCCGGUCGAUCCAAGGUGUUUCGUGCAGGGACACCUGCUACUAUCCGAGAUGCAAGAACAUUGAGGGAAGUUGCAGAAUGUGUGAUACUUGCUUCGGAUCGGAAAGACGUGAAGGUCAAAGUUCGUCAUUCAAGUGCCCUAGCACAGCUAAAUUGUGAUACAGAAUACAUCCUUACUCUUUCCCUGUCAAGUGGAGCACUCCAUUCCGUGAAAGAUUUUUUUUUGAUGAAUAAAGUGGUUGGCACAGCUGGUGUAGAUUUGUUGGGAUAUGCGUUCAGAGCGAAGAUCAUGCCGUCAAUCCACAAUGAUAGAAUGAUAACGGGCCUCUCCAGUGACUUGAAUAAUAACCAGUGUAGGGCGGUUAGCGCUGCACUGAAUAAAAGGCGUCCAUUUGUGACUAUCCAAGGGCCACCAGGCACUGGCAAAACUCGAGUAGUUGCCGAAAUCGUCAAACAGCUUUAUAACAGAAAAUUAAAGGAGAGCAUAUUUCAAAUGAAGUUAUGUUGUAUCCUCCAAGAUAUGAUUGUUAGCGGUGAGACGAUAGAUGAGGCGAUAUCAUCUCAUGAUAUGUAUCCAGAGCUGUGUGAUAUGUUUGGCAAAAUAAACAAAUCAGAUGAAGACGUCGGACGCGCGACGCUAAAAGCUGAAGCGAAUAAGCUGAAAUGGAAAAUCAUAAAGGUUAAGACGCUUUUCACAUUUUUCUCGGUUUUCAAUACCAAUAAAUCUUAUGAAGCCGCGCAAGGAUCAGAACCCAUCGCUUGGGCAGCUAUAGCUCAAGCGAAACGCUGUAUUUUGGCUGGCGACCAUGCGCAACUUCCAUGUACAGUGUUGUCUCCUGCUGCUCGUCAGGGAAAUCUCCAGGUUUCUUUAAUGGAGAGACUGGUGAAUGAGUUUUCCAAUCAGAACAUCAAUCAGUUACUAACUGUUCAGUACAGAAUGAAUGAGAAGAUCAUGCAGUGGUCUUCGAAGGAGUUCUAUGACUCUCGUCUUGUAGCGAGUGAAGAGGUUUCAAAAAUAACUUUAAGUGAUAUAUCUCUGAUCGCGGACACGUCAAAAAUGAAUAGCCCGCUAAUGAUGUUAAACACUGAUCUUGAUAAGCGACAUGGGGAGGCUGAGUUAGUGAUCCGCUACCUAAAGUUUCUUAAAUCAGUAGGAGUGUCAGGCCAGGAAAUCGCUGUUAUUUCUCCGUAUUAUGCCCAGGUUACAGCGAUUCGUGACAUGAUGGAUUGCAAUGACAUAUCAGUGAAUACGGUGGACUCUUUCCAAGGACAGGAGCGAACUAUUGGAUUCCUACAAGAUGAACGUCGACUAAAUGUUGCGAUAACUCGUGCAAAGCGACAAUUUGUUCUGAUAGGUAGCGCUCGGAUGAUGCAUAGCAACCGGCAUCUCCUCUCACUACUGCGAACCAUUCAAAACAUCGGGGAGAUAGUUGAGCCAGGGACAAUUGGAGCGCUAGAGGAUGGUUAG